UUGGGGUGCGAACCGUGGUUGUGGUGUCGCCGGUGACGGUCUGUCCCUUCAGGUGGGCGGCCGUCUGGGCCUGGCGGGUCUCGUUCGCGGCUCUGAUCGCCGGGUCACUCCCGCAGCGGAGAGUAUCGCAGAGACUAGGUGGCCCUGCAUCACUCGCCGUCGCUUGGCCCGCCUUUCUUCAGAGCCUCGCUAUCCCUGUCGAGUCUCCAUCCGAGACGAGGAGAGGUCGCCGUCCCGCUCCUCAGGCCUGGACGCGUCGGGAGCCGGCCCUGGGCACCCCGAGCCCCGGCAGGUGGACGCAGGCAUCGACCGCUAGAUAACGGCUGCUGGAACUCGGGACGUUGACGUGACAUAGCUGGGGGACCGCGGAGGAUUACUGUGAAUCGCGGUGGGCAUCUGCGCCCCGCCGGUCAAAUUAGAAUUUAAAUCUUUGUCUGUCGGGCACCAUGACGCUGAGGCUUUUAGAAGACUGGUGCAGGGGGAUGGACAUGAACCCUCGGAAAGCUCUGUUGAUUGCCGGCAUCCCGCUGACCUGUAACGAGGCGGAAAUCCAGGAGGCUCUGCAGGCGGGCUUAGCGUCCUUGGGCCAGUACCGACUGCUUGGGAGGAUGUUUAGGAGGGAAGAGAACAGGGUUGUAGCCCUCAUAGGACUCACUGAGGAGACUAGUCUUGCUGUGGUCCCUAAGGAGAUACCGGGGAAAGGGGGUGCCUGGCGAGUGAUCUUUAAGCCGCCUGACCCAGAUAAUGAAUUUUUAAAGAGAUUAAAUGAAUUCUUAGAGGGAGAGGGUCUGACAGUGGCUGAGUUUACCAGCGCUCUUGGGUAUGGAAACGACCCUUUUGACCUAGACCAGAACUUAGUCCCACAGGUGGGGGCCCCUAUGUUGGCAGAGGCAUUAGAUGAGGCUCUCCAGCCUGCCCUGCAAUACCUGAAAUACAGAAAGCUGAAAGUAUUCUCUGGCAGCGAUCCUCCAGAACCCGGAGAAGAAGGAUUUGAUUCCUGGCUGUUUCAUACUACUCAGAUGAUGAAGACAUGGCAGGUGUCAGACGCCGAGAAAAGGAGGCGAUUGCUAGAGUGCCUUAAAGGCCCAGCAUUUGAUGUCAUUCGUGUCCUCAAGAUAAACAAUCCUUUUAUUACGGUCCCUGAAUGCCUACAGGCGCUCGAGCAGGUAUUUGGGGUUAUCGAUAAUCCUAGAGAGUUGCAGGUCAAAUUUCUAACCACUUAUCAGAAGGCUGAAGAAAAGUUAUCUGCUUAUAUCCUGAGGCUAGAGCCUUUAUUACAAAAACUGGUAGAGAGGGGAACAAUCGAGAAAGAAGUUGUGAAUCAGGCCCGCCUAGACCAAAUCCUUGCUGGGGCAGAUGACAGAACACUUCGUAGGAAGCUUGACCUGCCAGAGGACGGCCCAGCACCUGGUUUAUUGCAGUUACUGACUCUGAUAAAGGAGGAAGAGGCAGCCGAGGAUGAGGAGGAGGCCCUUCUCCAGGCAGGAUUAGAAGGGAAUUUCACCUGAAUCUUAGGAAGCCAGGAGGGGAUAUCUGACAGUGAGUGAGGAGAGCAUGAAGGUACAGCAGUCCAUACACGCCUGUGGUCGACCUUAACCAACUCCCUGCCUUGUGCUGCCGAGUAACUCAUCUUUGCACAGUGCUCAGUAUAAACACUUUGUCAUUUCUGUGCCUAUUUAAUGUCUCCUAAAUGUGUCAUUGACUAGGAAGAAUGCAAUUCUGCCCUGGUAUUUAUAGAUUUAAAUUCACAUCUGUGAAGUUGUUUUGUCUUACACAGUUGUACAAAAGGGUGUGUCACUACAUAUAUGCAGUGCUCUGAGGUCACAGGCACCGCUCAGGCACACGGACUGACCAGAAGAUCUUGUUGAGGUGUCAGUUUGUGUGAUGACGGGCGCAAAUGUAGCACGUCAGAUGUGAUAAUGUUGUAUCGUAGAUAGUUUUUAGAUGUGUAUUGUCUCAUAUUUAUGAUGAAAAUCAUGAGCAGUCGUUAAGAUAUUAGAUAUUUCUGCAUGAAUCAGAAUUUUACUGAUUCUGUG